UGUUGUGCUUUCUUCACUCUGGGUGCUGCUUGAACAUGGGCUCUAUAAUUCGAUAUCAUAAUCUGUUUGAGACUAGACGACUAGUAUGUCUAUUGGGAGUGGUUUUUGGCCUUGCUUUGAUGAUUCAGUAUUUUGGUUUUCCAUAUGGUUAUGCCGUGUCUUCUUUGUUUACUGCCAAUGGGGGUCAAAUAAGCAGCUCGCAAAGAGUAGAUCAAUCUGGCAAUAAGCUCUCUGAUGCAAAUAAUGAAGAGGUAGAGGAUGGCUAUAUGCCUCCAAUGAAUGAACGUUCUGGUGAUACCUUAACUGAGGACGUUGACCCUGAGGAUGAAUCCCCUUUUAAGGAUUCAAAGUCAAAUGUGGAAAGUUUAGGAAGAAAUAGUAGCUUACCUCCAGAUAAGGCUGCCGACUCUGAAGAUGAUUUACAAGCUUCAAAUAGUACAUCUGAAAGUUCUUUAUCGCGUGUGGUUGAUACUGAUGGGGGAGGCAGUAUUUCUCCAGCACCGACAGAAGCUAAGUCAUUGGAGAUAAGUCCCACAGCAUUGUCUAUUGCACCACCACCAUUGGUUGUAACACCACAGGUCAAUCUUGAUGCACAGAAAGAAGCUCCUCUGAUAUCUUCCUACCAGAACAUAUCUGAAAAAGAAGGAAAUACAGGCCAUCUACUUGAAAGUGAUAACUUACCUGUGCAAAAACGCACUGAUCAUGCUCCUACAGUCGGUCAUAAAAUUCCUGAAAUGAAGGAGUCUGACAAGCCAAUAGAUAGUGUUGUAUCAAUAGCUGAAAUGAAUGUUAUGCAGCAAGAAACUCGCACAUCAUUUCGUUCGAUGAAACCACGGUGGUCCUCAGAUGUAGAUCAAGAACUACUACAUGCAAAAAGUGUCAUUGAGAAUUCUCCUCUAGCAGGAAAUGAACCUGGCUUAUAUGCUCCUUUGUAUAGAAAUUUGUCAAUGUUUAUGAGGAGCUAUGAAUUGAUGGAACAGAUUCUCAAAGUAUACAUUUAUUCAGAAGGUGCAAGACCAGUAUUCCAUACGCCAGUGCUUAAAGGAAUAUAUGCUUCUGAGGGUUGGUUUAUGAAGCUCCUGAAAAGAAACAAGAAAUUUGUUACCAAGAACCCCAAAAAGGCUCACUUGUUUUAUCUACCAUUCAGCUCCCGUAUGCUAGAGGAGACCUUAUAUGUCCCUGAUUCUCACAGUCGUAGGAACUUAGUUCGAUAUUUAAGUGAUUAUCUCGACAUCAUUAUCCAAAGACAUAAUUUUUGGAACAGGACUGCUGGAGCUGACCAUUUUCUUGUUGCCUGCCAUGAUUGGGCCCCUUCAGAAACAAAAAGAAUCAUGGCUAAUUGCAUAAGAGCUUUGUGCAAUGCUGACAUUAAAGAAGGCUUCCAAUUCGGUAAAGAUGUAUCGCUUCCAGAAACAUAUAUACGUGCAGAAAAGAAUCCCCUUAGAGAAAUUGGGGGAAAACGUCUUUCUAAGAGACGAACUCUUGCUUUCUUUGCUGGCAACAUGCAUGGUUACCUUCGUCCUAUCCUAUUGAACAACUGGGAAAACAAAGAUCCUGACAUGAAGAUUUUCGGCAAGAUUAGUAAAGUAAGCUAUGUACAAUACAUGAAGAGUAGCAAAUACUGCAUAUGUGCAAAAGGUUAUGAAGUCAAUAGUCCUCGAGUGGUGGAAGCCAUUUUCUACGAGUGUGUCCCAGUGAUAAUAUCUGACAAUUUCAUACCCCCGUUUUUCGAGACUUUGAACUGGGAGGCUUUUGCUAUUUUUGUUCCAGAGAAGGACAUUCCAAAACUGAAAGACAUACUCGUAUCGAUCCCUGAUAGGAGAUAUCGUGAGAUGCAGCGGAGGGUUAAGCUGGUGCAGCAGCAUUUCCUUUGGCACGUCAAGCCCGUAAAGUACGAUAUUUUCAACAUGAUUCUCCAUUCGAUAUGGCACAACAGAGUUUUUGGAGUAAGAACUAGGUGACAAAUGUACACAUUUAGAUAGUUUCAGAGUUUUAGAUGUUUAAUUAGUGCAGCGUUCUUUUGAGAAAUAUGUAAUAAGUUGCAUCAAUGUAUCUGAUUAUUUCCUGUACAUAGACUUGAGAAGAUACAAUUUGUUCUUUCUUUUUCU